GAAGUCCUGAACCGGUCGGUCGCAGUCCCGACGGUGCGAUGGGAAACUCCGACUCCUCGUUCGCUACUGAGCCUUGGGUCCCGGUCGAUACGGUGGCCAAACCCGGGUCCCAGGACAAUCCACUCAACUUCAGGCGCCAGAACUUCGAGCGGAUCCGCGACCAGUGCCUGCGUGAUGGCCAGCUCUUUGAAGACCCCAUAUUCCCGGCGGACGAAGCGUCUCUCGGCAAUAUCGAUGAGUCCAAGAUCAAGUGGCUCCGACCCAAACAACUCUUUGCAAAUCCUCGAUUCUUCGUCAACUCAUUCAGCACCACUGAUAUUGUGCAAGGGAGACUAGGUGACUGCUGGUUCCUGGCAGCCAUGUCCUCACUGACGCUCAAUGCUGAUCUUUUCACCUACGUCGUUCCCAGCGACCAGAGUUUCCAGGAUCACUACGCCGGAGUCUUCCGCUUUCGGUUCUGGCAGUAUGGGAGAUGGGUGCAGGUAGUUGUCGAUGAUCGUCUCCCAACAGUGAAUGGAAACUUGGUCUUCACCUGCUCCUCCACUGGGAAUGAGCUCUGGAGUGCUCUGCUGGAGAAAGCCUAUGCCAAACUGUAUGGUUCCUACUCCAGUUUGCGAGGUGGGCUGGGCUCUGAGGCGAUGGAGGACUUCACUGGCGGCAUUGCUGUGACCAUUCAGAUGCAUUCCACCAAUCCCAAGGAGCUGUGGUACCUCACAAGGCGUGCCCUCCACAAGCAGACCAUGAUCUCCUGCUCCAUCAACGUCAAAGACCCCAACGAGACUGAGAAGGACCAGGGUCUAGGCUUGAUGGCCUUGCAUGCUUACGCUAUCGUGGAUGCAGACAAGGUAAGGAUGCCCAGCUCUUCCAUAAAACUCUUCCGGCUGCGGAAUCCGUGGGGUCGGGUAGAGUACAAUGGACCCUGGAGUGACAGGUCAUCCAAGUGGAAGGAAGUCAGUGUGGAGGAAAAGUCCAGGCUAAAGCUGAAGAUUAGUGAGGAUGGCGAGUUCUGGAUCCCAGCGGAUGUUCUCGUUGCAAACUUCACUUCAGUAGAGUUGUGCAGUCUCAACCCUCCCUGCCAGCACAUUACCGAUUGCAUUUGGGCACUCACCACCCAUGAAGGGAUGUGGAUGGCUGGAAUAAGCGCUGGUGGAAACAUUAACAGUGACCAGUUCUCGAGAAACCCGCAGUACAGGCUGACACUGCUGGAAGAGGAUGAGGAACUGCAGGACGGCAAGCCCUGCUGUACCAUCAGUGUGCAACUGCUGCAGAAAUACGGUCGCAAGAAGGACGGCUCUAAGCACCUGUACAUUGCAUUCAACAUCUUCACCGUCCCACAGCAGAUUCCUUCAAUCCAAAAUUAUUCCCCAAAGUAUGUAGAGAGGAUCUCCCCCUUUGGCCGUACGUUCUUCCGUUGGAAUCGGCCAGUGUUCAGUUCGGGUUCUUACAUCAACACUCGGUCCGUGUCAAGGCAACUGCAACUUCCCCCAGGACAGUAUUUGAUUGUGACAUCCACCUUCAACAAGAACGAGGAGGGGGAGUUCUUCCUGCGCAUCUUUGCAAAGAAGAACAACAUGUCAAGAGAGAAUGGCCUCACCGUGAGCACCUUUGAUCCAAAGGUUGAUCGGGUGGAUACUCCUGUCACUGGUCAAAGCGCCCCAGAAUUUCUGAAAGAGAACCACACCCUGAGUGCUCCAGAGUUCAUGGAUUUCUUCAAUUCAGAGGCUCCUAAACGUUUCCAACUGAGUCUGGAUACCUGCUGCAGUCUGGCAUUCACCGUGAAUGACCCUAGUGAGCAGGGGUGGCUGACACUUCGAGAGGCCAAGCUAAUCAGGGCUCACAUCCACAAACUGCAGGAGAUCUUCAACUUGUACGCCUCUCCCGAAUCUGGGCUGAUGAACUCCAGUGACCUCCGACCUGCCCUGACCCGCGCAGGAUUCGGGCUGAGCUCCCAGCUGUACCUGCAGCUCUGGCUGCGACACCAGACGGAUGGGACCCUCGACUUCAGUCACUUCAUCUGCUGUGCCUCCAAACUGCAGAAACUCUUCCAUUGA